AACUUUAAGAGACGUGCAUGCGGUUAUGGCUCUGGAAGUGAAAGUGAGAAAAAGACGACUUCUUGCUGAAGGAAUCGUUGUUUCUAAAUCCAUAAACGAAGAUUUUAUAGAAAUCGAAUUUUCGUCGAAACUGAAAAAUGGGAAGAGAUGGUGCUUGAAUAACGGUGAAAGAAUCAGAGAUACUCUAAUAAAAAUUACACGUCAGAAAAUUGAAGAGGCAAAUCAAUUAACUAAAGUAGAUGGAAAAAUUAUGAGCGUUAUAAGGCUUGGGCUUUCAUCUAUUAUUGAUUUGUCAUCGGAGUUUGACGGAGGAAUGCACACAUGGUUUGGAGAUGAGUGGGAAGGUUUGAAAGCGAAGGCUUCAGAGAAAAUAAGCUUCGAAAUAUGUGCUUCGUAUCGCUAUUGGGAUGCACGUUCCUAUCUAUUGGAUAAAUUAAAGGAAAGGCCUGAUGAUGAUAAACACCGUCAAGUUUUAAAAAUAUAUUUUUAUUUGGGUGAGACAAUUCCUAGGCCUACUGUGAACCGAAAAAUAGAUUUAAGGGUAUUGUCUAUUGGCAAUAAUGUAGAUUUGUCACAUUCUGAGUUUGCAUGUAAAGCAACACCGAUAAAAAUAAUCAAAGAUCGCA